CUCUCUCUCUCUCUCCCCCCAUAACCCACUUCGUAUAAAGCUCCCACUUCUUAUAAAGCUCUCUCUCCGUCUUUAGCUUGAAACACUUGUUUUUGUUUUUCUCUCAAAUGGCUCUCUCUUCACCUUCUUCUCCGUCGUCUUGUCUUCUUGGUCUCCUCUUCUUUCUGAUAUUCUCGGUAUUACAGCGUAGCAUAGUGGUUGCACAGCUUUCGCUCAACUCGGAGGAGCAGGAAUCGGUGUACCGAGUUCUGGAAGCCGUCAACUCGGAAGUCCCGUGGCGAUCUCUCUUCCCGGACGACUUCUGCUCCUCCGCCCCCCACGGCGUCGCCUGCGACUUCUUCGUCGAUGGCGCCGCUGAGGCAGUUCACGUCACGGAGCUGAGUUUCGGCUACGUCUCUGACUACUCCCCGAACCCACCUUGCACGGAAAGCUCCACCGUCGAUUCUCGCCUCCUCUUGCCCUUUAAACACCUCCGAAAGCUCUUCUUCUACAAAUGCUUCACGGAGAGGCCAGUCUUCAUGUCCGCCGUUUCAAUUUCGGCAUCAUCUCUCGAAGAGCUAGUGUUCAUUGAAAACCCAUCUUUGGUCGGUUCCCUCGCCGGCCAACUCGGUAACUUGACGAGUUUGAGGAGGUUGGUUCUCACAGGAAACAACGUCUCCGGUGAAAUCCCCGGUGGGUUGGGUGAUUUGACCAACCUGGAAGAGAUUAUGCUCUCGAGAAACAAAUUCAGCGGCGAAGUUCGGUUCAGUAUAAACAAGUUGAAGAAGCUGAAGGUUCUCGAUCUUAGCUACAAUGGGUUAACCGGAAACAUUCCGGAAUCAAUCGGCGAACUACCGAAGCUUCUAAAGCUCGACCUCAGCUCGAAUCGAUUUUCAGGGAAAAUACCACAUACCUUAAAGAAUCUGAAGAAUUUGGAGUUUCUGGACAUGAGUUACAACCUAUUCACGAACUCUGGAAUCCCGCUAUGCUUAGCAGAAAUGCCCAACCUGAAGGAGCUGUACCUGAGUGGAAACUUCUUUGGAGGGCACAUUCCGGAAAUUUGGGACAAACUCGGGGGCAUUGUGGGAGUAGGACUCUCCGGGACCGGACUCGUCGGGAAUAUCCCGGCCUCGAUGGGGACAUUUCUGAGAAACGUGGUUUAUUUGGGCCUGGAUAACAAUGGGCUUGAAGGGACAGUGCCUGAAGAGCUCGGAUACCUGUCUUCUCUGAAUGAAUUGAAUUUAGAGAACAAUAACCUGAAGGGCAGGCUGCCAUUUUCUGCCAAUUUUGCAGCCAAGUUAGGCGACAAGCUCAAGUUGGAGGGCAACCCAGAACUGUGCAUCGAUGAGGGUCUCUGGUCCCCCAAAAUUGCCUCUAGUUUGGGGCAGUUAAAGCUGUGCAAGAAGCCAAGCCUUCCCAAUCCUGUCCCAUUCUCUGGGGGCAUUCUCGUCACACCAGUUUAUCUUGUCUCCAUCCUUGGGUUUUUUGUUUCUCUUAUGUUAGUAGUCGCAUAAACCAGAGGGAGAGGGAGAGGGAGAGGGGGAGAGAGAGAGAGAGAGAGAGGACACUAACUGCUGACUUGGGUCGUCGUUGCAGGGGCGAAUGGGCAAAAGUGUAAUUACAAGGUCUGUCACUGACCUACAUAUAUAUAUAUAUAUCUAUACACAUAUCCAUACAGCUACUGUUUGCUCGCUUGUUUGUUUGUUCUUAAAUUAUUGGCUUCGAAACCCAUUUGAUCAAACCAAUUCAUGGGGCUAAGCAAACGUGUUGCAGCUCCAAUUUAAUACAGAAUUGUACAGUAAUUUACAUUAUAUAUA